UGGGUUGGGGGGCACUGGUGGGGGGCAUUGGUGGGCGGCGGGGCAAGAUGGCGGCGCACCUGUCCUACGGCCGAGUGAACCUGAACGUGCUGCGCGAGGCGGUGCGCCGGGAGCUGCGCGAAUUCCUGGACAAGUGCGCGGGAAGCAAGGCAAUAGUGUGGGAUGAAUACCUCACAGGGCCGUUUGGGCUGAUCGCGCAGUACUCCCUGCUGAAGGAGCACGAAGUGGAAAAAAUGUUCACCCUGAAAGGAAGCCGUUUGCCGGCAGCUGACGUGAAGAAUAUUAUUUUUUUUGUCAGACCCAGGCUAGAACUGAUGGACAUUAUCGCUGAAAACGUGCUCAGCGAAGACAGGCGGGGCCCGGCGAGGGAUUUCCACAUCCUGUUCGUGCCCCGGCGCAGCCUGCUGUGCGAGCAGCGGCUGAAGGACCUGGGCGUCCUGGGCUCCUUCAUCCACAGGGAGGAGUACGGCCUGGACCUCAUCCCCUUUGACGGGGACCUCUUGUCCAUGGAGUCGGAGGGCGCCUUCAGAGAGUGCUACCUGGAGAGCGACCAGACCAGCCUGUACCACGCAGCCAAGGGGCUGAUGACCCUGCAGGCCCUGUACGGGACCAUCCCCCAGAUCUUCGGGAAAGGAGAGUGCGCGAGGCAAGUGGCCAAUAUGAUGAUCAGGAUGAAGAGAGAGUUUACAGGGAGCCAGAAUGCAAUAUUCCCCGUUUUCGAUAACCUCUUGCUGCUCGACCGAAACGUGGAUUUGUUGACACCUCUCGCCACUCAGCUUACGUACGAAGGGCUCAUCGAUGAGAUUUACGGCAUCCAGAACAGUUACGUGAAGUUACCGCCGGAGAAAUUCGCGCCCAAGAAGCAGGGCGACGGCGGGAAGGAUCUUCCCACGGAGGCCAAGAAGCUGCAGCUGAAUUCCGCAGAGGAGCUGUACGCCGAGAUCCGGGACAAGAACUUCAACGCCGUGGGCUCCGUGCUGAGCAAGAAAGCCAAGGUGAUCUCGGCGGCGUUCGAGGAGAGGCACCACGCCAAGACGGUGGGGGAGAUCAAGCAGUUCGUGUCCCAGCUGCCCCACAUGCAGGCGGCCAGGGGCUCGCUGGCCAACCACACCUCGAUCGCGGAGCUGAUCAAAGACGUCACGACUUCCGAGGACUUCUUCGAGAAGCUGACGGUGGAGCAGGAGUUUAUGUCUGGAAUAGACACGGAUAAGGUCAACAGCUACAUCGAGGACUGCAUCGCCCAGAAGCACCCUCUGAUCAAGGUGCUGAGACUGAUUUGCCUCCAGUCUGUGUGCAACAGCGGGCUCAAACAGAAAGUUCUGGAUCAUUACAAACGAGAGGUUCUCCAGACGUACGGCUACGAGCACCUCCUGACCCUGCACAGCCUGGAGAAGGCCGGCCUGCUGAAGCCGCAGGCGGGCGGCCGGAACAGCUACCCGACCAUCCGGAAGACCCUGCGCCUCUGGAUGGACGACGUCAACGAGCAGAACCCCACGGACAUCUCCUACGUGUACAGCGGCUACGCCCCUCUCAGCGUGCGGCUGGCGCAGCUGCUCUCCCGGCCCGGCUGGCGCAGCAUCGAGGAGGUGCUCCGCAUCCUCCCGGGCCCCCACUUCGAGGAGCGGCAGCCCCUGCCUACGGGGCUGCAGAAGAAACGUCAGCCGGGAGAAAACCGGGUCACCCUGGUCUUUUUCCUCGGGGGCGUGACCUUCGCCGAGAUCGCCGCCCUGCGCUUCCUGUCCCAGCUGGAGGACGGAGGCACCGAGUAUGUCAUCGCCACCACCAAACUGAUGAACGGGGCCACCUGGAUAGAGUCCCUGAUGGAGAGACCCCUGUAGGGCGCUCGGGGUGGGCCGGACGGCGAGCUGCGGGGUGCACCGCCCGCCGAAGACGCCGCCGGCAGGGAGUGCGGCGUGCACCUCCGGGGCGGCCCCUCCGGUUAGGCUGGUCUCUCCCUCCUCCUCCUCCUCCGGGUUCCUAGCUGCUCCAGAAAAGAAGAACAGGGGAGAACAGUUGUGAGUGUCCUGAGCUCAGGACCUCCGUGAGAGACCUCUGGAAACAUGCUGAGGACAGUGGGGAUGGAUCGUCUGUACAGCCACGCACAUGGGGCCCGUUCAUCAGACAAGAAGGCAGGGUCCAGGCAGGUCAAAAACGGAAAUAAAAGUGGAAAGUCCAA